AUGAAUAGACAAGGAACUGAGGACCGCCCGCCACUACCCAGUCAACUUUUGUUGUCCGGUGUGCUGCAAUCCACUGUUCAAGCUUGUGAGAUGCUGGAUGACCUUUAUCAGGAGGCGCUGUUCUAUAUCUCUGAUUCUGAGGCUAUAACAGAACCUUUGGCUCAUGAGGAGUUGAAGAAUCUUCUCUAUUGGUAUUGGGUGCAGCAGAUUGGAAAGAGUCUUAAGAUCUGUCAUGUUGAAAAAGUGUGA